CCAGUUCCUUCCAACCGCGGAAGGCCGCGCGCUGGCGGGGUCCUUGGAUAUCCCGCGGCGGCCGGCCUGGUUUCCCCGCGGUUCCUCCCUUGCUCUUCUCCAGCCGGCGCGGCGAUCCCCUCUUCUUCCUCCACAAUUCAACCUCAGAUUAUUGUAUCUGCACCACCAGUGCGACGUCAAUCGGUGCUGAACGCCUGUGGGCUGCGAAAUCGUUUGGUUUGAUCGAGCAAGAGAACUGGUUCCAGAUCAAUCAAGCAGCUUCCAGCAUGCUCAAAGCUAGAACGGCUUCAAAAUUUUGCAUGAGAAUCGCGUGACAAAAUAUAUAUAUCUCUAUCUAUCUUGUGACUUGGGUUGAACUCUAAAAGCAAUUUUGGGUGAGAGAUCGACACCUGGUUUUGUUGCAAGAACAGAGCUCAAUUGUCUAGUACGAACGAGCGGCGGCCGGCCUAGCAUUUGCAUUGGUCGGCAUUACCAUGCACGAUGGCCGUUCUCACGUCAGCGCUGAGCUCCAUGGAGGUGAUGCUGGACGCGCUCAUGCAGCGAGGGAUAGGCAAGUCGGAAGAACCCAAGCCCAAAGAAGAAGAGGAACCACCGGCGCUGCCCACGCGCCCGACGGGACGAGGCAGACUCCCGGCGCUGCAAAGGCCCGGCGCCGUCGGCACAGCUGCAGCUCCCUGGAUGCACCCGCCGUCCCCGCCAUCCCCGCUACCGCCGCCAACACAGGAAGAGGAUGAGGAGAAAUGCUUGGUGAAUAUGGAGCUGGAAAGAAGGGCGGCCAAGGCAGAGGACGAGGUGAAACAGAAAGAGGAGGAGGUGAGGCAGAAAGAGGAGCUUAUCUCCACUCUGCAACGACAGGUUGUGCACUACGAAUCCCGGCUCUCGGAAUGCGAGGUCAGGAUGAAGUCUGUGGAGGAGGAGCUGCAGAGGCAGAUCACUUCGUUACAGAUGGCUCAGACCGCUGGGGGAAGGAGAGAUGGAUCGACGAGGCACGGCCAGGAAGAAUCAUCUCGCGGAAGCCUUCCGCCGUCGUCUCAGCCGUCAUCGGCGAGGCACCAGCAGCGCGGUUCCGAGCCUGCCGCCGUCGCCGUCGUCGAGUUCGACGCUGCCGAGGAGACGACGACACUGGAGGAGCCGGUAAACCAGCAACUGGCCAGGGAGAUCCAGACGGAGACGGAGGCGUCUGAGCACACCGCGCGCGCGGUGGUCGAGGUGGUUGGGCCGCCGUCUCCUAGCAGCGCCAAGUCGGUGGAGGAGCUCAAGACGCUGAAGCGGCAGUUCGCCGCGUGGAAGAAGGAGUACGAGGCGCGGCUGAAGAAGGCCAAGGCCGAGCUCAAGAGGCUCGCCCAAGCCGAGAAGAAGGGCGGCGGCGGCGACGGACACGCGCACCAGCGGCGGUGCGGGUGGUGGAGGUUCAAAGCGCCCAAGUGCUGCCGGGCGCCCAAGUGCUGUAGCUUCAAGCUGCCGAGCCCCAAAUCGUGCUGCUGCUGCUUCCGCCGUUGAUGCAUCACGCAUAUGCAUGGUUUACUGCCACAGUUGGUUCUUUGCAUGUUCUGGGUUUGACAAAAAAAAAACAAUCAUUGGAAUAUGGGAACAUAGUGACAAACAAGAGAAGUGCUUACUGUUCGCUGAUUUGUUGUGAGAUAAAAACACUGCUAAAUAGCUGGUAGAUUCGGCAGAUAUGCUCAAACGAACUAGCACUGACGCACUGUGAAACUAGCAUAUGAAAAUGAAGCAUUUGUCACUGCUUGAGCUUGAAGCCACCCAUGGACUUCUGGACCUGUCGCUCAUGUGGAAAACAGGACAAUUAUGCAUGACCACUCUCGAUUCAAUCUGUAAAUUGUGCGGAAGAAUAUCACAAGUUGUUUCUCUUUA